GUCUGAAUGCCAUCCCAUUUAUUAACUCUCCCCUUUAUCCAUGUAGUAGUAUUAGGUGAAGAAAACCAUUUAUUACUCUUUUCGCUAUCUUCUUCACUUCUUCUCUCUUCUGCUUCUUCUAAUCAAAGCUCUGUCUUAGAUGCUUGCAACAACUUACAACUAAGCCAGUUUUUUUUUUUCUUCUAUAAAGAACCAACAAAUGGGUUUUGUUUAAUGGGGUUGUGCUUUGUCAAGGAACGAGUCGUGGCUGUUUUUUUCUUUUACGAGUCUGUUGACUUGGUUAUAAUAGAAUUAUUACUACACCAUACAUUUUAGAGAAGAGAAAAAAAAAAAACUUUCUAGACACGGAAAGGGAGAGACUUUUCUCAAAGGAGAGAAAGAAACAGAACAUCCCAAAAGUUCAAAAACCUCUCCAAGGAUUUUGCUUUCUUUUUUUUGUCUCUCUUCUUUCUCUACUUCGCCCCCACGACAAGAAAUUCUCCUCUCUGUCUCUCUCUAUAUAUAUCUCUCCCUCACCAUUUCUAUUCUCUCCCUCUCUCUCUAUACAAUCUUAACCUUCUCUCGAGUUACAAGAGCUGUUUCUUUGAUUCAUCAAUGAUUUCUUGACAUCUUUUGCUUUCUUUGUCUAUCUCACUCAUUUUUCAUUCCAACCUGGAUCCGUAAACCCACUCAGUUUAUGCUUCUUUCUCUUUCUCCUCUUCAUCAGAGUUUAAAAAUCAUACCGCGUUGACCUUUAUCUUCUGGUCUCCGCUCAAGUUUCUGUUUAAAGAAUUUCACAAAGUUUCCAUCUUUUACCUUUGUUCUUGUCCCUCUCCCUCUCUCUCUCAUCAAGUUGAGAUUCAAUGGCGAGCAAGUCUGGUCAGAGAGUCCGGUUGGUUAAAUGCCCCAAGUGCUUAAAGAUUCUUCAGGAAGACGAAGAUGUUCCUGUUUACCAGUGUGGUGGCUGUUCUGCCAUCCUCCAAGCUAAAAGACGGACCAUUGCUCCAAACACUACACCAAGUGCAGGAGAGGCAGAGGGUGCUCACGCCAGUGAGCCUGAAACCAACAAUGCGUCCAUCAGCUCAGAGCAGGACACGGUUCUUCCACCAACCACAGGUCGUUCAUCAGGUCAAGUUGAUGAGAAGGCUAGCGAUGGAUCCUUGGAGUCUACUGAGAAGCAGCCCGGUGACUCUAUUGGAGAGGAGGGGAAUGAAAACCAACUCCAAGAACACUCACCUAGUGAUUCUGACAAGAACGAAAGUGAAGACAACUCCAGCAGAUUCAAGUCUGAUGUAAAACCCGUAGCAGAAGCUAUGGGAGAGGGGACUAGCUCAGGAAGCUCGAAUGCUGGUCAUGUGGUGGAUGCAAGAACGAGUAAUUCGUCUUCUCCGGUUGAAGAGGAGCAAAACGAAGAUGAUUACUUUUUCAACCGUCACAGGGAGUCAACAGAUGAUCUUCCUGCAAACAAGACUCCUUCAACCUAUGAUGGGAGUGAGUCUUCCUCUGACGAAAGAGAAGAACUUCUAGAUGAAAACGAACAAUGGAAAGCUCUCCAGGAAAUAAGCUCAGUCAAAUUCCAAAUGCAGAGAUACCCUGAGAAUUUGAAAGAGCAAAGAAGAGGUAGUUCCUCCUCAUCCACUUUCUAUGAGAAGAGGCCGUCCAAUGUAACUCCAACCACAUACAUGGAACGGUAUCAGAACAGGUCUCUGCAACUCGAGGGACCAGGAGGACGCCUUGGAAGACAAGGGAGGAGACAUGUGACAGAACAACUUCGGCCUAACUUGCCUCUCUAUCCGAGAGAACCAUACAACACACGCGUAAGCCCUUCAUAUCCAUCGCAAGAUGAGUUUGAUGGCUAUUCACGUGCACACUCGCUUCAAAGGCCUUCAUACGAGAGUGUUGUUAACCAUAUGUAUCACAACAGCACGAGGGCAAGAGGUCGAGGCCAAGGAAGUAGGUUCUCAGGAGAGAUGACCAAUGAUAGAAGAAACCAUCCCGGUUGGUAUUCAGGUUCUUACAGUUCAUACCCUGCAAGUCCACAGAGGCCACCAAUGGAACAACCACCUGCGUAUUAUCCGAGAAGAUGGAGCCACGAGAUAGUCUCUGAUGCGGAGGAUCAUCAGCGUUAUAGACAUGCCGGCCACCACCACCAUGACAUACAAGCCCGUCGUUUAAAAGAGAGACAACAACGUGUGGCCAAGCGUCAUAUCCGUCCAACAGCAGGUGGGGCCCCUUUCGUUAGCUGUUACAAAUGUUCAGAGAGCCUACAGCUUCCUGUAGACUUUCUCAUCUUCAAGAGGAAGUAUCAUCUCCUCAGAUGCGGCAGAUGCACCACUGUUCUCAGAUUCUCACUUCAGUCCAGAACUCAUUUAGUUCCAGCAGUAAAACGUGACAUAAACGCUAACAGGAGUAGCAAUACAACAUCAGAAUCUCCCAGAGACAAAGCUCCUUCCAGAAAACCAGAGAAGCUGAGCUCAUCUGCUCAAGAAGAGGAGGUGCCUCUAGCUAGAGGCUCUCCGCUUCAUCGGCUAAUGGGAUACUCUACUGUAAGCCAAGUGUUUAAAGCCUCUCAGCGUCCUCCUUCUCUGUAGAUUUUGCCAUUGGUUUAUCAUUCUUUUUCUCACAUCUGUGUAUACUUAAAAGAUUUAUUUAUGCACUUCUGUUUAAAGUAGAGAAACCAUAACAUUUGUGCAAAUUAUACACACAAGAUAUUGUAGAUAAUUAUGUAGUAUUUGUAACAAUAUUGAGUUGGCUUUAUCAAUCUACUAUAACUA